UACCCAGUCACACUGAUAUUAAUCACAUUUAGAGUUCUUGUGAUUGGCUGGAGAUGUAUCUGUAAAAACCAAUGACUGCCUGACGUUGAGGUGCCUUAUACAACAAGGUAAUAAUCAGCUGUGCAGCACAUCGAGAGCAGUGGUAAACAUCUGACUUGUAUUUUUGGUGGACAAUCCCUAUCUCCCAUUAUUGGUCCCAAUUCACUUUUUUCCAACUUCAUGAUGUUGAAAGUGAUAGUGAUAGCAGUGAUGGGUUUUUCAAUGCAGUAAAGUGGACAGAAAAAAAUCAACGAUGACAGAUGUUGGCAGCACAAGAAGGCCUAGCAGGCAAGAUACAGAUUUACCCAAAACAUUUAGUUUGAUGUCCAAGUUAACACAUUGUAGAUGGACAUCUUAUAACACCUUAAUGACAUGACUAUAGACAGACACUGGGAUUUAGAGUAAUCAGUGCCUUGUAAUUGGUUUUAGGAGCAUUUUUAACUGUUCUUUUUAAUUAUGAAAUUCAAAAUAAUUCACUCAGUAAUCUUACAACCCGCUGUCUGCUGUGGUGCAUCUUUGAGGUCGAUUUAGUCACUGUUUUUAAAGAAUGCUGCAGGAAAUGAAACUGACAGGCUCCUUCCACAGAAGAGUGCGAACAUGUUUCCAGGCACACUUGUAUUUUCAUUUGCUGUUACUAAAACCACAAAAAAAUCUGUGUACAAUGCCUGCUGACUCCAGAGCAGCAGAAAAUGGAAUAUAAACUUAAUUUCUUUAUGAAUAUAGUGUUGUGUCCUAAAACAAGGGCUUUGUCCAGGUGUUAUCUUCAGUUGAUCUUGCUUGUGAUUCUGAGACAAAAAAAGGCCAAAAUGCACAUUUUCUCUCCCUCCAAUUAACUCUGAAUCUGGCUUAAUAUUCUCAUUAUACAAAGUUUGGAUUUUAUGCUGCAGUUACCAUGACACUUUUUUUUCUACUAAUUAUUUGAAAGUUAUAGUUGCUGAAAAAAAAAAAACUAGCUUGACCGACUGCCUCCUUACAGUGCACACCAAAUAAUGAACACUGCACUUUGUGGAUCUUUGUCAUAGGUACAUCAAUGAAGAUGCGAGUCACUUAAAACUGGUGACCAGUAGUCAAGCUGUACUCUAGAUAUACUCUGGAUACUGCUGUGUCAAGAGUCAUGCAACAUUAAUUGAAUAAAUUGGUUUUAUUCAGAUUUUUCUAUUAAUAUUCUAUUCUGAGUUAUAUGUGCCCUUAAAAGAUAAUGUCACAGUUCAUGCCUCAGUUCUUAAGGUCUUGAAGAGCCCAUAAGGAACCAGGUUUACAGGCUCCGGUCCAGAACUGAGUUGUGUUGGUAUAAAAGCUUAGUCACCACUUGCAUCUCCCAACUUUCACAGCGAGGUGUAGUAAAAAAAAAAAAGAAAAAAAAAAAGCCCUCUUGCCAGCUGUAGCUUUGCCCAUUAAGAGAGUAAAGACUUUGCCCACUAUGAAAUAAUUAUGCAUGAGGUUGACACAUUGGUAGACAUUUCACUGAAAAUGGACCAAAUGAAAAUAAUUCUCUAUACAAACAUUUUAAAGUGCAGCUAUUAACUACUAAACUACCGCAGGGAGGGGGGUCAGCGUAAUAUUUCUACAUCAAAGUUUUCAGUACUCCACAUUUUUCUGCUUGCACUCAGGUAUUUCCACUGACCGUAAAGUCCUGCAGAUGUCUGUGUGAAGUGACCUGUUCACCAUCAGUGGACAGUUAAUGUUUACCCCUCACACCCAGAGUCAGCUACUCGUUUGAAGUCCCUGCUUGAGGAUUUCUGAAGACGCUCAUCUUCCACAGCCACCAUGGUUCGCAGCAUUAUCUGUAGAGUUGUACUGCUGGCACUCUUCACCCUCUUGGUCAAUUUUGUGCACGCAGAAACAGUGGCAGAUUCUGCUUUAAACAGAGACCACCAAGACACCAUAUCUGGGGAUCCACCCAUUGAGGUUUCUACCAAAGACCCUUUCCAGUUCAUGACAAAACUGCCCGAUGACUUUGACUUUGAGGAAUCUACAGACUCUGAGAAUUUGGACAAGGAUCAAGCCAUUCUGGGGCCAGGAGCCAUCACAGCCAUUGUCAUAGCUGUCUUCCUGGGUGCUUCGGUCCUCCUCGCUCUCAUUGUCAUCACACUUAGGAAGUUCAUGGCCUCCUAGAGUCAGGACACAACUAAAUUUCUGUGUGAGUUUGUUUGUGUAUGUUUGUACAAGAUGAGUGUAUGCGUGGUCAUUUACCUUUCUGUCAAUCUGAACUCUGAAUUCACCCUAUCAUCUUUCCUUCAGAGAAGAGCAUGCUGUAGUUGAUGAAAAUAGUGGCAGGUCCCUUAUCCAACAAUAAAACUAAACAUUCAAAUUGUUGCUUGAAUCCUAGAAACUGGCUGGCUCUUCCAGUGCAAUUCUAUCAUGACAUAAUGACUUUGUUGAGCUUUUUGCUUUCUUCUUUCAGCUCCUCCUUCUUUAAAAUGUUAAUGGUUUCCUGAUAGUUUUCUUUUUGUUGUUUACAUUUUUUUUUUUUUACUGCCGCAGCUUAGUUGUUUUUUCAAGCAAUCUUUUCAAAAUUUGGUUUCUCUUUUGUUCAGUAACAAAGAAAUGUGUAACUUGUGUGUGCCUUAAAUGAAGCUUUUAGAAGUCUUUGACAAUGACUUUAGCUUGUGCCAUAAUAAUUAGGAAAAAACAUCUCCCUUGGUUUCACUCUUGAACAAGUAAAGAAGUUGGUGUAACAGCAUUUUCAAACAUUUGUAGAGUCAAAAUAAGCUGGGAACAUUCACAAAAAGGCUUUCAGCUGAAGAAAAUACUAGUUGUUUUGUUUGUAUCUGCAGAGCAAAAAUGAAAGCAAAGCUGGAAAGUUUUUUUUUCUCCACAACCUAACCUCGUGAUAUAGGAAAAUAUUUAAGUUUUUUUUUGUGUUUUUCUGUUUGCUUCAGAGUACUCUGCUAUACCGCUGGACUUUUCCUUUCAAUGUCACUGGCCAAAGUUAUGUUGAAUAAAUAAAUAAA